AUGCUCGAGGGUCAUUCCUACCCUAUCUAUUCAGUGGCCUUUUCACUAGAUGGGCAGCUGGUCGCGUCGGCAUCUCACGACGAGACAGUGCGGCUGUGGGAGGCAGGGACGAGGAAGUGGCACAGCACGCUUAAGGGCCAUUCCUCCUCUGUUACGGCAGUGGCCUUCUCGCCAGACGGGCAGCUAGUCGCGUCGGCAUUUAUCGACAAGAUAGUACGGCUGUGGGAGGCGGCGACAAGGACGUGUCGCAGCACGCUAGAGGGCUACUCAUUUGGCCUUCUCGCUAGACGGGCAGCUGGUCGCGUCGGCAUCUGUUGA